AUGUCGAGGCAGCCCGAAAUCGGACAGAUCCCGGAGAGCGUUGCGGCCGACCUGAAGGCGGUCGAGCAGGAGAUUGACGCGGCCGAGGCCGAGCUGGUCAAAUUCUCGGCGCGCCUGCACGAGCCCAUCUUUGCGAAGCGUGCCCAGGUCCUCGACAAGAUUGAGCAGUUCUGGCCGCAGGCGCUGACGAACUGUGUCUCGACGAACGUCUACAUUGACGACGAUGACCACGCGCUGCUCAACUCGCUGACCAAGAUCGACGUGAAGCGCGACGCGGCCGACCCCCGCGCGGCUACGAUCGAGUUCCACUUUGCGCCGAACGACUACAUCUCGGACGCGGUCCUCACGAAGGAAUUCAAGCUGGACCCCAAGGCCGGCCCCUUUUCGUCGCAGUUCGACUUUGCGGCCGAGACCAUCCCGCAAAAGUCCGAGAUCCACUGGAAGUCGGACGCGAAGAACCUCGCCAAGCUCAAGCCGACGGUCGGCGACCUGAAGGAGAUCGACGUCGACGCCGAGGAGGAGGACGAUGAAGAGGAAGACGACUUUGAGCCGGGCUCCUUCUUCUCUUCCUUCUUUGACUCGCAGAGCCGCCAGGUGGCCGGCAGCAUCGGCCGUGCGAUUGUGGAGGAUCUCUAUCCGAACGCUGUGCAGCACUAUGAGCAACCCUCGCUCUUUGAGGAUGACGACGAGGACGACGAGGACGACGAGGAAGACGAAGAGGAGGACGACGACGACGACCGCGAGAUCGACCUUGAAGAGGAGGAGAAGCGCCCGUCCAAGAAGGCGCGCAAGUAG